UAUGGUAUUAUCUGUACGGGUUUACUGAGAAUAAUCUUAUCAGAAAAAAACAGUAAAAGACAAACAGUGAGGCAAUAAGCUCAGUGCCGGGCACUUUUUUUUUAAUAUAAAUCGACGCACAUUUUGACUGAAUUUCGUUUUCUUUGUCUUAUACGGUCACGUGGUAUAUUCAGUAUUUCGAAACAGAUUCCUUCAAAAUUUAUUUAAGCAUUGACAAUCUACAUAAGCGCUGCAAAGAAGUUAAACAUCAUUGGAUCAUUUGCGCAGGCUUUCUCAGACAAACUGCUCGGCUGCGAGUCUCACGUAAUUGACAUAAAGUUAAACCAAUCAGCGAUUGACUGAUUAUUUUUUAACAACAAAUGUGUCCAAUCGUAAGCAAGAUGAUGGCAUCGCAAAAUGGACGAGUCAUAAGUUCAGCGCUGCAGUUGCAGAGGGAAUUAAACUAGAGUGGAAUCGAUGAAGCCUAUUAAUCAUAAUGUAAGAGUCACCUUUUAAAUUGCGCAACUCAACAUAAGUGAAUUUGAAGCAGAACUGUGGCCCGAAGAAUGAAGGGACUGUACUUUGUGGAGCCUGUCGUGGCUCUGUACUCUUUCGCCUGUUUUUUGAUCUACCCGCUAGUGUCCCAGUAUGUUUACCGGCGCAUGUGGCAGGAUCUGACAAAUACGACAUACCCAACCACAGACAAUGCUUCCAGCUGCAUGGUCAACACUAACCAGUCCAGUCAUGAGAAAGUGCAAAGGGCAGCUUCGCUGUUCUCCCUCUACAAUGAGCUGUUCUCCAUGAUUCCCAGCCUCAUCGUAACCCUACUGCUGGUGGCAUACAGUGACCACCGGGGUCGCAAAAUCUCCAUCGCUCUCCCUCUGGUGGGCAGCCUCGUCUACACGUCCUCCUUCUUGGCCAUCUCCUUCUUUGAGCUUAACAUCUACCUGCUCAUCGUAGCCAACUUUGCCAGCUCCCUGUUUGGUGGUGUAGGCACCAUGCUUGGUGGCUGCUUCUCCUACAUCGCCGACCUGUGUAGCGACGGCAAGCUGAAGACGCUACGUAUGGCUGGUGUGGACAUGGUGCUUGGUCUUCUCUCCGGUGUGGCUUCCAUCUCCACGGGCUACUUCCUGAGGGCGUCCGGCUUCAACUGGCCCUUCUUUACCGCCUUCCUCUGCCACGCUGCCAACUUGCUGUAUGUCAUAGUCCUGCUGGAGGAGACGUGGAAGUCACCUGACCUGCAGGAGAUGCAGCCCCCCUUGAAGAAGCUAGUCACCGGUGUCUACCGCCUCUUUGCCCUGGCCAGUCGGAGGAGAAACAUGGUGCUGAUCCUCUUGCUCCUCAUUUUCUUCACCUACUCCUUCUCCAACAUUGGCGGCCUGGCUCUGGUCACGCUCUAUGAGCUGAACGAGCCUCUCUGCUGGAGCGAGAUCCUCAUCGGCUACGGCUCUGCCCUCUCCACCCUCGUGUUCCUCACAAGCUUCAUUGGUGUGUUCAUCCUCUCCCACUGCCUGCCCAACGUGGCCAUUGUCUUUGUUGGCCUCCUAUCCAUCAUGUCUGGGCUGAUCAUGACUGCGUUCGCCAGAACCACCCUGGCGAUGUUCCUUGUCAGGGUGCCUAUGCUGCUGGCCAUCAUGCCGGCCCCCGUUUUACGUUCCAUGAUGUCAAAGAUUGUCUCGAAGUCAGAGCAAGGAGCUCUCUUCGCCUGCGUGGCCUGCCUGGAGAACCUGAGCUCCAAUGUAGCCUUUGCCGUCUUCAACAGCCUGUAUGCAGCCACCGUGGCCUGGUUCCCUGGAUUUAGCUUUCUGCUGGCGGGUGGCUUGUGCCUGCUGCCCGUAGCCUUGCUGGGUGUGGUGGCAUUCCUGGGCCCGGAUGAAGCCGGUGAAGCAGAAGCUCUCAUCGCAGGAGAGGAAGCUGGAGAUGCACCUUCCAUCUGAGAUCCAUACGGCGGUGUAUCAUCUGACCAGCAGAUCUUCCCCAGACGCGUGUGGUGUCCUAGGGCAGCGUUGUAGAGGGACGGCUGAUGUGCCGCGAGCCGCACCAUCGCUGCUUGAGACCAAAGCUCACUGUUAGCACUUCUUUGGAAACCCGCUCUUCGUAGUUGGGGGUUCUUUCUGUGGAUUAUGGUGUGCUGUGUGACAUACAGCAAGUUGGCCCCUGUUUCCAUGGCACGGGUGACACUUGGGUGAAUAUUCAGCACUUUGCGUAGAAAGCAAAACAUGUAAUUUAAUAAAUAAAAUACUCCAAUAAGUAAUUAAAAUGCACUUCCAUUGGGAAGUGUUCUAACCAAUAAAUUAUAUACAGCUGUAGUCUGCCUAGGUCAGGAUUUCAGGAUGAUGACUAAAGAUGAAAAGCACCUUAAAUUUUGUCAGUACAGUGCAUCUUUUUUUCCCACUGUAAUCCUAUGAUAAGGCUAGUUCAGUGCAAUUUUUGAAUUUUCUAAAAUUUAGAUGAAUUCAAAUGACUAUUUAAUUAUAUAAACCAUUUUUGUUCAGAUGUAACAUUGCAAGAUACAUGUGCUUAUGAAUUAUGGCCAUCAAAAUGAUGGCUAAUGGUAAAAUUUUGUAUAUUUUUAUAUAUGUUUCUUUUCAGAUGACUUAAUCCAAACGUGUGUGAAAUCAUUUAAGCAAACAGAAUGUAUUUCUGCUUUAAUCAUUUUAUGCUGGCAAAUCUUUGGGCGAAGCCAGGGAGACCGAUUAUGGUUAAUAUCAUGUCUCUUGGAAAUAUUCUGCUCAAAGCCUGACCAACGAGGCAAAUCCAGUUUGUUGAUCAAGGCACUUUCAGAUAACUAGAAAAUACUUUAAAAGUGCUAAAACUAAGAAACUCCGCUUUACUGAUUUAACAGCCUAACCAUAACAUAAUGGAGCUGCUGUAUUUCAGGUUAUUCUUUUCCCGAGGAAAUACCCUUGACAGCGGUCAAUUGUUCAGAGCUCAUUAGCCGUUUAGUUACGCAGGACUCGUGACGCUGAGAGUAAACUACAGUAUUUUCCGAAUGCAAUAUUACACUUUACCGCAAGAUGUCAGGCUUUGACAACAAAACCCAUAAUUUCUUUAACAAAGAAGUUGGGGUUUUGUAAUAUAGAUUAGUCAAAAAUCAUAAAUCUUCUUAGCAUUACAUUAAAGCUUGUAUAUGUUGUAAUGAAAUUUCGAUACUUAAUGUAAAUCCCGAAUCAACGGGAAGCGCAACCGUAAAAUAAAAAGCAUAAGUAGCAUAUUUUCUGAAUAUCAUUUCCUGUCCAUUGAUUGUUGCCUGUAACGCAUGACUGUUAAAGCGUCGCUUGUAUUUGUUGA